AUGAAUUCUGAGUCGAGUGAUGCCCCAAGUUUUGUUAAACGGGUAUUAUUGAAGGUUGGUAAAACAAUAAACGAAGAUGUAGAGAGCAAACACAUCAGUCCUGAUGGUUAUUUAAGGAAGGUUACUAACUCGAUUUGUUCCUUUUCUGCGUCAUCUUCUAAUGUGGGUAAAUCACAACAGGUCAAAAACAUGGGGAUUAAUAUGGGUUAUGUUGUCAAUGAAGAACCAGAAAAGAAUCAUUUGGCUAACGGUCACUCUGGUGGGCUGCUAUCAAUAUGGGAUCCCUCAUCUUUUAUUAAAGACAAUGUGUUUGUUUUUGACAGAUAUAUUAUGGUCAAAGGUGUAUGGGUUUCAACAAACUUAAACUGUUUUAUGGUGAAUAUUUAUGCCCCUCAACAGGAAGCUGACAAGACAAUAUUGUGGGAGAACAUAUUGCAAUUCAUGAAGCUUAGUAUAGGUAACUAUUUAUUUUGUGGUGAUUUCAAUUCCGCCAGGUGCAAGGAAGAUAGGAUGGGAUUGGUUUAUAAUAAAGUUAAUGCCCAUAACUUCAAUAAACUUUUGGAUGAGGGGCACUUUAUAGACUUGCCAUUGGGCCGACAUAAAUUUACUAGAGCUAAUAUUGAUGGUUUGAAAGCUAGUAGAAUUGAUAGAGUGUUGGUUAACCAUUCUUUUUUUAACUCGGUAAAGGACCUGACCCUGGAAGUGCUUGAUGACAUUCUAUCUGAUCAUAGACCACUUCUGAUUAAUCAAAAGAGUAACAAUUCGUGGUUGUUGAGUGAAGACCUUGACUCGAUUGUCAAUAAUAGUUGGAAUAAGACUACUGGAAACAAUAACAGAAGUGCACUAGGUGGUUUCAAAGACAAACUCAAGACUCUAAAAAAUGACAUCAAAGAUUGGCGUAAAAAGAAUCAUGCUGUGCGAAACCGUGAUGAUAUUACUAAAAAGAUAGCUCAGAUCGACCACCAAAUAAGCUCCAUUGGGGAUGAUAGUGAACUGUUCAUUGAAAGACGAAGACUUAUAAAUGAGCUAAAUAUGCUUGAUCAUAGAAAUAAUUGUGACUUGAAGCAAAAAGCCAAGAUCAAGUGGAGUAUGGAGGGAGACAAAAACUCAAAGUUUUUUCAUGCUGUUAUCAAUAAAAAAAAAAGACAGUCGGGGUUUAUUAGAGGAGUCAAAGAUAAUGGCAGAUGGGUUUGUAACCCUCCCGAUAUUAAACAAUGCUUUCGUGAUCAUUUUUCUAAAAAAUUUUCUAGUUUUGCAGGCAUACAAUUUCAGGUGGAUGAGUCAAUUUUCAAAUCCCUCAGUAAAUCUCAGGUUGCUACCAUUGAAUCUGAUUUCAUUCAUGAGGAAUUUAGAAGCACAGUGUGGAGUUGUGGUGGAGAUAAAGCACCAGGCCCAGACGGAUUUUCUUUUGCUUUUGGGAUGUAUUCCGUAUGGUCCACGAGUUCCAGCAGAACGCCAAGAUCCCGAUGGGCUGCAAUUCGUCCUUCAUCACACUAA